AUGUGGUUCUUCUCUUGGAGAGUUCUAAAUGAUCUAAUCCCAACAGAUGACAUUUUGAAGCUGAAAGGAGUAAGAGGCCCCUCAAGAUGUCACCUAUGCAAUAAUAAUAAAGAAUCAAGUGAUCACCUCUUUUUCAGAUGUAAUUUUGCUAGGGAGGUUUGGAAUGACCUGAUCUCUAACAGCAACCUAAACCUGUUGAAUGUGGGCUGGGGAAAUUUAAAAGACAGCUUGAAAGACUGGAAGGCAAUCAACCUAAUGUCCCUCCUCUUCAUUUGUGCUUGGUUUAUUUGGAAUGCUAGGAACAAGGUGAAGCAUGAGGACAGUGUGACUCAUUCUGUUGCUGUGGCAGUAAACUGCCAGACCUAUUUACACAAGCUGAUAAAUUGGAAGAAGUUCCCUAAAAUUUUGAAGGCUAUGACUAAUAUUGAUACCCAACAUCCUAUGGUUAUCAAAGUCAGAUGGAAGAAGCCCCCUUACCCUUUCAUGAAAAGAAAUACAGAUGGAAGCUUCACAAAUAGGAAAGCUGGUAUUGGAGGUAUCUUCAGAGAUCACACAGGUAAAGUUUUGCUUUAUUUCAAGGCCCCCUAUAUUGCACAAGAUGCUUUGGAAACAGAAGCUGCUUCCCUUUAUUGGGCUUUAAAAUUUGCCACGGAAGUUAAGUGGGUUUGCAUUAUUGCUGAAGUAGACUCUUCUCAUCUGGCGGAGCUAAUCACUGCCACAUCUUCCCCCUGGCACAUCAACCAGUGGAUCUAUAGAAUUAAGAAGAUCAUCAAUGAGAUCAGUUUCCAAAUAAAGUUUAAUUAUAGGGAAGCUAAUAGGCCUGCUAGAUUCUUGGCUUUAGAAGGCUCAAACUUGAGCCAUGUUGUGGUCUCAACUAUUCUCCCUCUCCCUCUACAAAUUUUAACACAAGGAGACAAACUUCAAAAUCCUUACAUCAGAAUUCAGAACUGA